AUGCAGUGCCAAAAGAGUAUUCUCAAGGCACCACCUUCUACAGCUUCUAAUGGCACUACGGCAUCCUGGUUUGCUCGCAUUCACUCCAAGUUGUAUACUCCAGACGAUGUCCCCAUUCUACCGAGACGAGAUCUUAAACGAGUUACCUUUUCAGUCAGCAAACUCACUACGGAGCAUGUCUUUGGUGGUGAUAACGACAACGACAAUGACGACCACGAAGACGACGACAACGACGAUUCGAAUGACCUAGACGACCAUGUGGAGGAAGGACCUGAACAGCAUGUCGAUUCAGCAUUGACCUUGAAAGAGAAUCACUGUCGAGAGCUUCCAAAGUAUUACGAGUGGGCUUGUCGGCUACGUGAGGAACAGCCUUUGGACCGGUUUAUGGAUGUCUUGAGAUCUUGUUGCUUUUCACAGUUGACGACGGUGGACCUUUCCAAUCAACCAAUCGACACUCGUCAAAUGGGUCCUAUUGCUGAUAUUUUGAUGAUGGAGUGUGGAUCAUUGGAACUAUUGGAUCUCUCUAAUUGCGGAUUGGAAGAUAUGUCUCUACGUGUGCUAUUGCAUAGCCUUUUGAUCAAUGAUAGAUUGCCAGAGUUAAGACUUUCUCACAACAGCUUUGAGGCGGAUGGCUUCAAGUACAUUGCCAUUUUCAUCAGCCAGUCAAAGGCGAUCACUACUUUGGAUCUUUCUUGGUGUCCAGUGGAUAGAAGGGCUGUGCGAUAUCUUUCACGUGGCAUUGAAUUGACUCAAUCACUCCAAAACUUGUACAUGGACCAUUGUUCUUUGAAGCCCAAUGUCGUCGAGAUACUCGCUGCUGGUGUUCGUCAAUCCAAAUCACUACGACACCUUUCUCUUCGCCACAAUCGUCUCUCUUCUCAAAAAGCAACGGAUACAUGGAUCGCUACAAUGUUGGAUCGACCUGUAUUCAAUGAUGAUGAAAUCCGAGAUAUGGAACAACGCAGGAUAUGGCCAUCCCGAUGUGGACUACAACGAUUGGAUUUGACAGGCAAUUGCUUGCAAGCAGGAUUGACCAGCAUGCUCGGUGAAGCGCUCUCCAUGAAUCAUACGUUGACCCAUUUGGUGUUGAAUGAUUGUCAAAUCUUUGCCAACGAAUGUGCCAUCUUGGCAGACGCUUUGUUACACAACCACAAUUUGCGAAUCUUGGAUUUGGCGGACAACCCAAUCACUAUGCGCUCUGACCAAGGGAUUUUGAGCAUGAAAACCGCCCUUGCAAAGAACCAUUUUCUUCAAGAAUUGAAUCUUGCUGGAACAGGCCUUGACUCCAGUGCAGCGAUCACGUUGGCCGAAUGUCUUCCAGAGAAUUCAACAUUAUCACGACUCGAUCUCACUCGUAAUCCUCAUAUCGACAUGGCAGGCAUAUUAGCAUUGUCAAUAUCUAUCAAGAUGAACCACACACUGACGUUUUUGGAUAUCAAUAUUCCUGCGGGUGAUGCUGAAUUGGCACAACUUCAACAUGACAUUGUAUCAGCGUGUACCGAGAACAUGCAACGCGCUUUUGAAAUGGGACCCGAAAGAAGAAAUGCGGAUCAUUUUGAAGACGAAGGACCAGGCUCGUCCAGCUCAUCUUAUACAUCUUCACCAAGAUCCCAGCAGGUGGAUGUGAACCAUGGAUACACUACAAAGAGCAGCAUUUAUCAAGGACAACAUCAACAAGAACCUGCGCCUUCCAACUUGUCUAUAUCCUCUUACAUGCUUGAUGAGAUCCCCGUAUGA